CACCACUAACCAGCGACUGCUACCCCCACCCGACCGCAUCCAGCGGAAGAUGUCUAAGUCAGCCAUCCACCAGCCCACCACUGUCGCUCGAGUGACGCUCUAUUUCUCCUCGACAUCUUCUCAGUCUCUCUCCAAACUAGGGUUGAGCAUUAGUGUUGUGUUUGGAGUCGGGACUUUCGAAGCCAUGGAUAGAUACCAUAAAAUCGAGAAACCAAAGCCCGAGUCGCCCAACAGUUUCCCUCAGUCUUCAAUGGCUGUGAAUGGUUCUGAUUGUUUAUUUGCCGAUGAACGGUGUGACAUGGAGCUUGAUGAGACUGAUCCUGCUGUUUGGCUGAAGCUGGAGGCUGCAAUUGAUGAGUACAUCCAAAACAACUCUUUGACAUUCAAGAAUGUCUGUGAAACAUUGCUGCAGAACCUGCAUGAUGAGAGAUUGUCAAAAAGAGGUAAUGAAAACUUUUAUUUAAGGAGGGAAUUCAACGGUAUUGUGCCGUAAAACUAUGUAGAUUAGCUUAAUAUACCUGUCAUGAGCACUAUGGUUCAAGAUUAUGGUAUCGGCCAUCGACUCAAAGAUAUGUGACACAUCGAUUGCAAUGUUGCGGCAAGGUAUUGGGCGAUACAACCUAAAAAAAAUGUUGAACAUG